AGGCGGGGCCGGCGGCCCUGAGGGAGCCGGAGCGGACGCGGAGCCGGAGCAGUCGGCGGCGAUGUCGGUGCAGGUGGCGGUGGCCGCGCCCGCCGUGGAGCUGAAGGAGCUCGGCGGCCCCAUGGACAAGGCGGCGGGGCCGCCGUGCGAGCCUGUGGGCGCUCACGCAGCGGGGCACGGCGUGGCGGCGCCCGCCUGCCCCGUGCCGGGCGCCGAGCGUGAGGCGGCCCCGGCCCCCUCCGCCGAGCGGCCUCCGGGGGGCGGCUGCCCCGGGCUCUCCUCGUCCGCCGGGCUCUCCUCGGCCGCCGGGCUCUCCUCGGCCGCCGCCAAGGUGCCGCAGGCUUCGGCCAUGAAGAGGAGCGACCCUCACCACCCCCAGCACCGGCACCGCGACGGCAGCGACGGCAGCGGCGGCGCGGCCGAGGCGCUGGUGAGCCCCGACGGCACCGUCACCGAGGCGCCGCGCACCGUCAAGAAGAUCCAGUUUGCUGACCAAAAGCAGGAGUUCAACAAGCGCCCGACCAAGAUCGGCCGCCGGUCACUGUCCCGCUCCAUCUCGCAGUCCUCGACAGACAGCUACAGCUCAGCCGCCUCCUACACGGACAGCUCGGACGAUGAGACCUCGCCGAGGGACAAGCAGCAGAAGAACUCCAAGGGCAGCAGCGAUUUCUGCGUGAAGAACAUCAAACAGGCCGAGUUCGGGCGCCGCGAGAUCGAGAUCGCCGAGCAGGAGAUGCCAGCGCUGAUGGCUCUGAGGAAGAGAGCUCAGGGGGAGAAACCCCUGGCUGGGGCCAAGAUCGUGGGCUGCACUCACAUCACAGCCCAGACAGCGGUGCUGAUGGAGACGCUGGGCGCGCUGGGCGCGCAGUGCCGCUGGGCCGCCUGCAACAUCUACUCCACCCUCAACGAGGUGGCCGCUGCCCUGGCCGAGAGCGGGUUCCCUGUGUUUGCCUGGAAGGGCGAAUCCGAGGACGAUUUCUGGUGGUGCAUCGACCGCUGCGUCAACGUCGAGGGCUGGCAGCCCAACAUGAUCCUGGAUGAUGGGGGAGAUCUCACCCACUGGAUCUACAAGAAAUACCCCAACAUGUUCAAGAAGAUCAAGGGCAUUGUGGAGGAGAGCGUCACCGGGGUCCACAGGCUGUACCAGCUCUCCAAGGCGGGGAAGCUCUGCGUGCCAGCCAUGAACGUCAACGACUCGGUCACCAAGCAGAAGUUUGACAACCUCUACUGCUGCCGGGAGUCCAUCCUGGACGGCCUGAAGAGGACAACAGACAUGAUGUUCGGAGGGAAGCAGGUGGUGGUUUGUGGCUAUGGGGAGGUGGGGAAGGGCUGCUGCGCCGCCCUCAAGGCCAUGGGCUCCAUCGUCUACGUCACCGAGAUCGACCCCAUCUGCGCCCUGCAGGCCUGCAUGGACGGGUUCCGGCUGGUGAAGCUCAAUGAAGUCAUCAGGCAGGUCGACAUCGUCAUCACCUGCACAGGGAACAAGAACGUGGUGACCAGGGAACAUCUGGACAGGAUGAAGAACAGCUGCAUUGUCUGCAACAUGGGGCACUCCAACACCGAGAUCGACGUGGCCAGCCUGCGCACGCCCGAGCUGACCUGGGAGCGGGUGAGGUCCCAGGUGGAUCACGUCAUCUGGCCCGACGGGAAGAGGAUCGUGCUGCUGGCAGAGGGCCGCCUGCUGAACCUGAGCUGCUCCACCGUGCCCACCUUUGUCCUGUCCAUCACGGCCACCACCCAGGCCCUGGCUCUGAUAGAGCUGUACAAUGCUCCCGAGGGCCGCUACAAGCAGGACGUGUACUUGCUGCCUAAAAAAAUGGACGAGUACGUGGCCAGCCUGCACCUGCCCACGUUCGACGCGCACCUGACGGAGCUGACGGACGAGCAGGCCAAGUACCUGGGGCUCAACAAGAACGGACCCUUCAAGCCCAACUACUACAGAUACUGAGUUCCCGCCGCCGCGUCCCGGAGAAUCGCGAGGAACUGCGACAACACCCGAGUCUUUCUCAACUGCUGUACAGGAUGAAACCGCGCAAGCUUCCCACGCUAGAGCCGGGCUUGCUGCCAUAGUUGACAGUGUGUUUUAGGUUAUUUAUUUAUUAAAUUAGGAUACCGUUCGUGUGGCCUCUGCCACUGGUGUUCGUCCUGCCGCGGGACUGGGAGACGCUGGAUUUUCUUUCCGUUCCUUUCAUUUUUCUCUUUGGGUUCGUUCUUUUCCGGGGCUGGGAGGACGGGGAAGGCGUGGAGGAAGCUGCUGGAAUCGAGCCGUGGAAUAGUCCCUUAUCCCCGCUCUCCCUGCGCACGGCGGGGCCCGGCCUGGGAAUCGCUUUUGGUUUCCUCCGCGCCCCAGCGCUUCUCCGGCGGUUCGACGGAGCCAAGAUCCUCCUUGGCUCCGGGCGCUGGAGCCGCCUCGGGAAUGUGGCUGGAGAAGCCUCUCCGUGUGCCCUGGAAGUGCCCGGGGCCGUGCCCAGCCGGGGAACCUCGCCUUAGCCCGGAGCUGCGCCCAGGGCUCGGCGCCGCUCCCCUGGCCGCAGCCCCGCGGCAUUUUCCUGCUGCUGUCGUUCCGAGUGCCAACCUCUCCGGAUCAACCAAAGUCGCGUUCCCGGCGGGGCCGGGGCAGCCCCGCCCGCCCGCCGAUGCUGCUGCCGCGCCCGGCGGAGCUCGCCGGCCGCCCGGCUGGGAGGACCCGCGUCCUCCUCCAGCUGAAUUUCGGUCCUCGUUGGAAACGUUUGGAGUUUUUAUUUUCUGGUCAUGUUUGUAUGAAUCUGGAAUUCCCCUUGGGAAUGUAUGAGACGUCCUCCGGAGCGACCCCCACGGAUUCUGUGCGAGGGGAGAGUUCGGCAUCACCAAAACCCUCUGGUCGCCUCGACGUGUCGGAGCUGAUGGAGAAUAAAUUUGCCAGAGUUCCCUGUUUUAUCCCAAGAUGUCCCACCUGAGCACAGGACAGCGUGACCCUUAGCAAGGCGACUUCCCAGGUCACUUCUGUCCCUCACGUGGAGAGCGUGAUCCUUCUGAAACAAAACUGCCCAGCCCCGUGAGCACAGAAGCCUCUGUCCUCCCUGUUGGUUCCCGAGUCUCCCAUCGGCUGCAGAUCCGUGUUGUGUCCUCCUGGGCUUCUUUGCCAUCAUGGAGAACUCUUUUGUGGCAGCUCGUUCACGCACAAGGAAGGGAAAACAGGAAUGGCAGCCUCAAGUCCUUCCCACAGCUCUCCAGAGAUUUGGAGGCAGGUUGGCCACAAGUCGCUCAUCUCCAGAGCUAACGUUCCCAUGUGCCGGCUUAUUCCAAGUUUCUCUUUGAAAUCUCUCAAAAUCAGGAAGGAAAACCUUGAGAAGAGCUUGGGGAAACCUUGAAGAGACCUUGGGAAGGCGUCAGGGCUUUCAGGAGGCCUUGAGGAGACCUUCAGGCUUUGAGAAGCUUCCAGUAGACUGAUCUCUAACCACAGACUCGAAAUGAUCUCUGCUCGUUCAUUUUACCCAGAUGCUGAGAAUUUCUGGGAAGGAUCCCCUGAGCUGUUUGAAACAUCACAGCCAGGAGUUCUCCCCGAGCUGGAUCCUGGUCUGUGUGAGCCCCUGCUGUUCCCUGGGAGCUGCUCCUGGCCCAGGUGAGCCGUGGGGUCACUGGGGCAGAGCAGCUCUGGGAAGAGCAGGAAUCCCAUCCCAACCCAAGCACAGCCACUUCCCCCUGGAAAAGCCCCUCUCAUCCCCAGAGCCGUGUCCCACCCUGUGCCUGCUCUGCACAGCCCCAGAUCCCUUGGUGCCCAGUUUUAUCUUCCAGGUAGUUAGGAAGGGGAAAAAAAAUAAAUAAAUAUAUAUAUAUAUAUUACUACUGAAAUCCCAACUGGCUUUUCCCACCUCGAUUUUUAAAGCUCUUCUCCAUGUUCUGCUUCUCCUGUAAAAGCUUUUUGGCUUGCUUGGCUUUUUUCCUAAUCAACCUGGAAUCAUAUCUAUGAUCAUCUCUAAAUUAAACGUGUAAUGGGGUUUGGUUUCUUUCAUCUUUUUUUUUUUUUUUUAAUGUAACACAUUUUUCAAGACUUAGGAAAAAGGAGAUUUUAGGUAACACCAGCAAAAUCGCAUAAAGGAAAUUAAUUUUGUUCUGAACUUUAGAGAUAAUAAUAAGACAAAACUCGUCAUCAGCAGCGAGGAAACGAAAACGUCGCAACCGUAACAUUUCAGAAGGAUGUUUUAAAUAUUAAUGUCUGAGUGAUUGUAUUAGAUCAGCAAUAAAGACUCUGUAAUCUCAAAACACAAAUAAAACAUUGGAAAACUCA